UUAUACAAUCCAGAAGAAGAAGUGUUUAGUCAUUUUCAAUCCAUUUGUUUCUCGAAGUUUUCCAAAUAAAAGCCAUAUAAGAGGCCUUCAAAACGGUUUUAGUGAAUAGUUUCAAGAAAGUUAGCAAUUAAACAAGUACAGACAUGGAGUUUCCACAUUUGGGUCAGCACUGCAGCGAGGCAACUUGCAACAGAUUGGAUUUUCUGCCCGUAAAGUGCGACUCGUGCGACAAGGUCUUCUGCGCCUCGCAUUAUAACUACGAGAGGCACAACUGUCCGGGUGCCCACAGGAAGAACGUCCAGGUGCCCAUCUGCCCACUGUGCCGCGAACCCGUGCCCACGCCUCCCGGAGUCGAACCCGAUGUCACCGUGGGCCAGCACAUCGACCAGCAGUGCAAGUCGGAGAGCAAGAAGAUCUACACCAAUCGCUGCCACGCCAAGGGGUGCAAGCGCAAGGAGCUCAUCCCGGUGACCUGCUCCCAGUGCCACUUGAACUUUUGCCUCCGUCAUCGCCACACCAGCGACCACGACUGCCAGCCAUCGAGUGCGAAACCAGCGGCAGGACCUGGUUCAUCAUCAUCGUCAGGCAGUGGAGGAUGGCAGUCCAUAUUCAAGACCUCCUCGGACUCGAGAUCCAUGGCUGCUCAGGCCGCCGAGCGACGCAGGCAAAGUAAGCCAGCCACGAGCAAUAGCAUCAGCAACUCAAAUUCCAGACCAAGAGCUGUGCAGGCCACACAAGUUCAAAACAUACAGGGCAAUAUGAGCGAAGAUGAGGCACUCGCGCGAGCCCUGGCCUUAUCAAUCAUGGAGCAGGAUGACGCGGCGGAAAGCAACCGCCAAGCACCAGGCCCAAGCAACGCCCAGCAGGUGGCUGUGGGCGGGGCUGGCAACCAGCAGGGAAAUGCCAAGGACAAGUGCCUGCUGUCCUAGUUCGAGGAAGACUCCCAACUCUCAACAUAUCCAUUACUUGACCAACAGCAAGAAAUCUGCCCAACUAUUAGCUAUUAAUAUUUUGUUGUUAAUUUACUUCGACUUCGUCACAUUCUACGUGGUUUAGCAAAAAUAAAUCAAUGUUAAUUCUA